AUGGAAGAAGAAAAAGUUAAUAAUAAAAUCGUAGAAGAUCAACGGCAAACAGAGCACGAUUUCAAAUUUAAUUUCAUUAACAUGCCUUGGGAUGAUAGAAGUAAAAAAAGUAAAGUUGCUAUAAUUAGCCUCUUGGUUGCGAUAUUCGUAGCUACAAUGGCUAUUAUUGUUCAUAAUCUCUAUAUGCAUUAUAUGAAGACGUCGUCAGGACGAAGAGGUAUUGAUGAUGAGAUCAAAUGCCAGUUGGUGAAAUUAGACCAGUACAAAUUUGUUGCACGAAUACAUUCAGUAAAGACACAGGAGUUGCUUUGUGUUGGUGCAGUGAUUAGUCACACAUCUGUGCUUGCCAAUGGUAUAUGUGUUAAAUCUGGGCCUGUACGUCUACGCUUAGGAAGCAAUUUAAACCCUCUGUGCAAAAAAGGAUUCACCGUAGAUUCAAUAGAGCCUAUACAGCACGAUGGUACAAUCUCAAAAUAUUUAGUUCUCAUAAUUACCGCCGAUUCAAUGUCAAAUUGUGGUCAAGUAAUAAAUAUUGGCAGUCAGUUGGAUAAAGCUAGUCCAGGAUACAUAAUUGGAAGACCAUUGUCCAGUGGCAAGAUGCUGUCUCGCCAACCGGCUAAGAUAAUUGACAUCGACAUAAAAUCACCCGGUGUGCGAUUAACUUUACAGAAAACGAUUUGUGUCUCCGAUUUAGCAAAGUGUCCCGUGAAGGCAGGAGAUCUGCUUAUUCAGAACGGUUUUGUCUAUGGUUUGGCAUCGACCAGUACACACAUCACGGAACCUAGUAAAGUAGCUUGCUUCGCUGAUCUUCAGAUUAUUAGUAGUGAAUUGAAGAUAUAA